UACUCCUCGAACGAAAAUGUUCUCAAAAGUAUUUACCUUCCUGUUGCUGGCCCUCGUUGGCUCAAUUCUGGCCACUCAACGUUCCGCAGAGCCAAUGGGAAUGGCUGACAAUCUGAAAUUGAUGGAUCUUAUGAUGCGUCAGUCGAGAUCGGGCGAGAAUAUUGAAUGCUUCCCCGUAUAUUUGCCCAUACUACAGGAAAUAGACACACAAUACAAGAUCGAUUACACGAAAUGCUGGUCGGAUCGUCAGUCUGGAGCAAGUGGAAUCGAGGAACUCUAUACAAUACCCAGAGACAAUCUAUCAUCGAAUGCUAAAAACAUUUGCGGACCACUGUUGGAAUGUGAGCAAAAAGAAGGUAGCUCCCAGCUCGUAUUUGAGUGUUACGAGAAGACUGGUACCGAGAAGUCCACUCCACUGAACAAUCUGACUCUGGAUGGCGCUCAAUUGGCUCGUGAAAUCGCCGAAGAUUUCCGUCGUAUUGACAUUAUCGCCGAAGCUUGUUACGGCUCUGCCUAUCGCACCUACUCCAAUGACCGGAACGAGGCCGAGUCAAGUCUGGAGUAUUGCUUGUCAAAUGGUGUUUGAAUUGCAUACUUUGAGCUUGAAUAGUUUUUCUAACUUGGCUAAAGAAUAAACAGAUCCUUAAGCAAGCAAAAAAAAAAAUCCUAUU